GGCGGGCGGGGAGUGGCCAGUAGCGGGCGAGGAGCACUGCCAGCCCCGGGGGAGCGGGCAGCGGGACGGCACCGGGCGCAGCGGCAGGAGCGGAGCCGUCAGCGGGAUGGGGCGGCGGCGGGGCCCGGCCGUGCUGCUCCUCGCCCUGGGGCACCUGGCCGUGCUGCUGGCAUCGGGCAGUGCCUGUGACAGCGUGUACCAAGGCUUCUCGGACUGCGUCCUCAAGCUGGGGGAAAACAUGGCCACGUAUGAGGAGGUGGAUGGCAUCGAGCUGCAGGGACUGCGCAGAGUCUGUGGGUACUGGGAUGAGUUUCACACGUGUGCCCUGGAAGCGCUCUGGAAAUGUCAGAAGGAAGCAGCAGCCAUCUGGGAGAGGCUGAGAAGGGAGUCUCGGAAAAUCAAAUUUCAAGGCAGCUUGUUUGACCUCUGCAGCCCCAGCACGGCCCAAAGCUUUGCCUGGACCCACAUUCCCAAGGUUUCUGUCCUCUGUGUGCCCCUCAUUGUCACUUGGCUGAAUUUAUAAACUGAGCUCUGCAAGGUGGUGGCAGAGUAUGCCAUGGCGUCCUUCUGAUCAGUUUCCCAAACCUCUGAAGAGCACCACGUGUGGUGCUCAGUGAACACCUGGCUCCAUCCUGCUCCUGAGACAUGGGAACUGCUCAGCAGUGUCUCCUGGGUUGUGCUGUUUCUGUGUGUUUUGGGAUAGUGCUUGUCCCCUUCUGCCUCAAAGCACAGAUCUCACUGACUGCAGAAUUUGAGAAUUUGUAAAUAGGGAGCAGAGGAUUUGGGUAAAAGGAUGAAUCAGUCAUGAACACUGAAUUUGUUUGUACUCUUCCAUGGCCACUGGAAGAAAACCUGUUUUCUUUGGGGGGUCUUUCCACCAGAUCAACUCUCCAGAUUCUGGACUUGAGCACUGAAAUCUGGAGCAUUUGUACAACUGGUUUGCAAGGUGUAAGGGGGUGGUGCAUGUCCUGUCAAAAGCAGAAAGGAGAACUUACUGCCCUGUACUGGCCUUUUUUCUUUGAGGACAUGGUUGAAAUCCCUGCUGAGGAAUAAUUACAAGUGCAUGACCUCUUCUCUUGCACACAUCUGGAGUCCUGAGUAACCCCUGUGUUAUGUGUCAAUCCCUUUUCUAAGGAAACAGAAAAAAUAUUUGGGGGAAAGAGGCAGUGCCAAGCUAGCAAGAUAAAAAGGAUUUACAGCAACUCUUUUGCUCUAAAGCUUUCUCCAAAGGAACGUGUAAGCAGCUCUGGGCAGAAAAUUGUUCAUUCCAGGGUAUUAAAGUUUGUUGUAGAGCCUA